AUGAACAACCACCGCUUCUCGCCACAGCGACCUCCUACAGCUGCAGGGACAGACCAUCUUCUCCUUGGAAUAGGUGCCGCCGUAACAUUAGAUUAUGUUCCUUCCUAUGAGCAUCGUCUCAAGCUCUCCCAGGACCCUGAAAGCACUGUUGGUUCAAGAAAUGCCCACUGUUUCCACGGGAACCGCAAUGCGCUGCAGAAUCCCACCUUGACGGUUCCACACGAUCCACGGACUCGCAAGAGGGUGCCGCAUUUUGGACACCGGAUAGACUGUACGGGCGCAACUGUACGCCAGAUCCCUUCCCCUGCUACUACCAAUGACACGGACCUGGAAAGGAGUCCUCUCAGUCCAGUUGCCCACGACGGACAACUGAUUCUCGACCAACUGACGCCGUUCCCAAGAAGCCCGCAAAUGAUGGAGGGUAUGGUUCCGAAGCCCGUCACAGCCAGGACCACCAUUCCUCUCAUUACCAUUGGAUUGCCAACCCCUCCCGCCAGUGACUCCAGCAUUCGGGAUUAUCACUGCCGCCCCUCUCCAUUGUCGUCAGACGACGACUCGUCUACACCUUUUUCGAACGAUUAUCCGAUGCUGCAAACUGGCUUUGGAUUGAAGCUACACACUGGCGUUGGAUUGAGGCAGCAUUGUGACGUGUCACCACCAGCGCGUGGACACGCCGCCGCGUUGAAUCCCGGUCAUAUCAGUCCCUGCAAUUACUGCAACGGAAGCCAGCAUGACGCGCCCAUUUCCCCUGUCGAUUCCCUGAGUACGCUGAGCGCGGCACAAUUUGAGCCCGCCGGCUUCUGCUCUGUCCCAAUCAGUUCGGUGGUGGCAGAACACGGCGGCGUCUUUGUAAACUGUCAGACAGAGUCUCCAGCCUGUUCAAAUGAUUCGGGGUAUGCCGGCUCGGCAGCUAGUACCAUGUCUCUGGAACGGCCGUCGAACUCUCGGUCCGGAUUCCUCACAGUCCCAAGCCCGCUUCGUCAUUCCAAGUCAGGAGGGAAUCAACCAUCUCUAAGCGCACCAGCUCCUUCGGUAUCCACGGUAUCCACCAAAGGGUCUUCGAGCGAGGCUCCGCGGUCCCAGCCUUCCGGUCCAUCCAGCGUGUUUGUGUGCCGCCUCGAAGGAUGUUUUGACCGGAAUCGCUGUUUCUUUCUGGACGUGGAGAAUCGAAAUGAGCACGAGAUCUUGGAACAUAACCUUGAUUGCCAAAGAAUCACGCAAGGCAUUGGAAAGGGGACCAACCAUAAUCUCGAGGCUACGGAUCAAGAUAAAACCAUCAGCCUCAGCCGAGCACAACAAUUGGAUCGAAGUUCGAAUGAUGACGACACAGAGAGCGGCCCCAAGAUACUUGUGACCCCUCACUCAGGAAGGCAAAGUCUGACGGACGAGAUGACUAGUCUCAAUACGAAAGAUUCAUUCAGAGCUUCAACACCAUCAAAGCAGAUGGGUACUGAGUCAACGCUCCCAGAAAGCCCUAUACACCCCAAAAACGACACCAGUGCAAGCCCGGGCUCCUCCUCAGACCGAGCCAGUCAAUCUGCCACCCCUACCACUUCUUCGUCUUCAACUUUAUCACCCGAUGUAGAAAUGCUCAGCCCGAUGCCAAAAGCAAAGAUGGAUGAGAUGAUCGACAAGUUGAUGGAUGAGUUCGAGAGCAUGUUCGACUACUUCCUCGGCUUCGACAUCCACGACGACAGCAUCGACAUGUCGGACACUGUUCCCGACUCCGACUCCGACUUUGGAGAGUCCGACGCCGAAGGUGACGAUGACGACAUGGUUCCUGCUGCUUUGAUUGCUUCUCCAGCAUCCGGUGGGGGGUCUUCGUUAUCUCCAUAUUCUUCGUCCGACCAGUCUUCCAUCCUCGGAUCGAGGGCGAAGUGUCACACCGUACCUGGAGGAUCGAGCAACAAUACCAGUGGGAGUUCGCGAGCCUCUGCCAAAGCACAAGCGGGAGGGUCUUCCAACCAGGCUUCGAGUACGCGUGGAAAGCGCAAGAUACAGGACUCGGAACGACCCGAGGAUGAAGAUGAGGACGAGAAUGUUGAGAGGAGAAAAAAGCGGCAGAAGGACUCGGGAGAAGACGAGGGGCUAAGAUUCGCUUGCCCGUAUUUCCAAAGGCACGGGUCAGCAUCGAAUCAAGGAGGGCCGAAAAUGCAUGCCUCUUGCAUGUACCCUGGGUUCAAAACCGUAGCACGGUUGAAGGAGCAUCUUUACCGGUGCCACAUGCAACCAGCGCAUUGCGUUCGUUGCUACCGCGUGUUCACCACAAAGCAAGAACUCGAUGACCACCACCUUGCCACGGAAAGGUGUCAGGCCAUUUCCGAAAAACGCAUCAUCGACGGCAUCAACGAGCAUCAAGCAAAGCGGCUCCGAUGCAGGAAGCCCAAAGAGGGGGUGAACACGGAGGAGGAUAAGUGGAGAGAUGUUUAUUUCAUCCUGUUCCCCAACGACAGGGAAGCCCCGUCGCCAUAUUGCGUCAACAGCCAAGUCGAGACGGCCCAGCUUACCGGCUUCUCGCCCGCCUCCAUCGCCUUCCAAAACUUCGAGCGCUACAGCCGCCGCGAAUUCCCGCGCCUCGUCCGCACCGAGCUCGAAGAAGCCGCGCGCAGAGAGGAGCUGCACAUGCAGGAGCGGCUGCGGAUCGUCAUGGUCGACGCAGCGAGGCGCGCGGCCGAGACGCUGUGGGACAGCUUCCGCAACAACAUGAACAACCAGAACGACAGCAACGGCGUGCAAACCGAGAACAGCUCCUUCAACGAAGGCGGGGCGCCUUUGCAGCAGCAAAUGGAAAUAGCACCUGUAGGCCCCGAUGUAGGUGACUUCCUCGCGCCGCCUCCUCCGCAGCCGGCGGCCAUUCCGGACGCGCGGACCGUCAUGGCGGAAAGGGGGAUCCAAGGAGGGAGCGGGCCCGGCACAGAAACUACCAGCAGCGGGCCGACCGACUCGGCGUACGGGACUCUCCUCUCGUCUGGCGGUUCCAACAACCUCGCGUCGUCGUAUCCCGCAGCAAUGGCGGCGCCGCGGUUCAUGCCGACGCAGCAGCAGCAGCAGCAGCAAUAUGCGUGGCCGAACUGGAUGGGCAACCGUAUGGAUCCUGGGUUUCGGCCGGAGGACUGGAACCUCUUCAAUGGUCAGGGAAUGGCGGCAGUCGAGGCUUACCUUGACGAUGAUGCUGCUUCACUGCAGCCUCCAUUCUCUGGCGGUGGGCCUCAUAUGGGCGGAGGAGAUGCUACGGCAGCCAUGCCCCAGCACGAUUACAUGGACCGGUGGCGGAAGCUGCACGGCAAGAGAUUCGACCACGACGAACGCGCCCGUAAGCGCACCGCUCGAGAGGGCCACGCCGCUUCCAAGAAUGCCCAGAAUCUGCGCGGCCUGCGCGCCAAACUCUACCAGGAGAAGCGCCGCAAGGAGAAGAUUCAAAUGAAGAAGGCCAUUAGGACCCACGAGGAGCGCAACGUCAAGACCGCCGACGCCGCAGAGCCUGCCUCUACCCCCCUACCUCAGUAUCUGCUCGACCGCUCUUCCGAGACCAAUGCCAAGGCCCUAUCCUCGCAGGUCAAGCAGAAGCGCAACGAGAAGGCCGCCCGCUUCAACGUUCCGCUACCCAAGGUUCGCGGCAUUUCCGAGGAAGAGAUGUUUUCCGCCGUGAACUCGGGGAAAAGAAAACACAAGAGCUGGAAGCGUAUGAUCACGAAGCCGACUUUUGUCGGAGGCGACUUCACCAGGAGGCCCGUCAAGUACGAGCGCUUUAUCCGGCCCAUGGGUCUCCGUUAUAAGAAGGCGAAUGUCACGCACCCCGAGCUUGGCGUCACCGUUCAGCUUCCCAUCAUUAGUGUCAAGAAGAACCCCCAGAACCCGCUUUACACGCAGCUCGGUGUUCUCACCAGGGGUACUGUCAUCGAGGUCAACGUGAGUGACUUGGGUCUCACCACGACGACCGGAAAGGUCGUCUGGGGCAGGUGGGCGCAAAUCACAAAUAAUCCUGAAAAUGAUGGCUGUCUGAAUGCCGUGCUUCUCGUUUAA